AUGGAUGAUAUCAUAUACACUGGAAGUUCACAAGAGUUGAUGAUGAAGUUCAAAACUGAGAUGAUAAAACAGUAUGAAAUGAUUGACCUUGGGAUGCUGCACCACUUCUUGGGUUUAGGUGUGAUACAAACUGACAAUUGCAUUUUCUUGCACCAGAAGAAAUAUACAAAGACACUACUGGAUAAAUUUGGUCUCAAAGAAUGCAAAUCAGUUGCUACUCCUCUUGCAGUGAAUGAAAAGUUGUCUAAGUCAGAUGGAAGUGAACAAGCUGAUGAAAGAUUAUAUAGGCAGAUAGUUGGAAGGGAAAGGGAAAUAAGCACACUUGAUUAUGGUAUAGCAUAUGAGAAAGGGAAAGAAGCAAUGCUUAUUGGCUACUGUGAUAGUGAUUGGUCAGGAAGCGAGGAUGAUAUGAAAAGCACAUCUGGAUAUGCAUUUAAUCUUGGUUCAGCUAUGGCCAUAACCAAGUAUCAUGUGCAUCAUCAUAAGACAAGGCAUAUAAACAAGAGAUUUCAUUUCAUCCGAGAUGCUUUGCAAGAUGGAGAGAUCGAUUUACUGUAUUGCAAGACUGAAGAGCAAACUGCAGAUAUUUUUACCAAGGCAUUGGCCAGGGAUCAGUUCGAAUACCUGAGAAGAAAGCUUGGAUUGUCGACCUUGUGGUCGUCAAUAGCUCUUAACUCUUGCACUGUUAAAGAGGCCUUGAUGUCUGCAUUUGAUGCGGAUAAUACGGGGGAUGAUGGAUUUCUUUACAUAGCGUGCACUGGAAAAGAGAAAGAAGUCUACGAAUAA